CCGCCAAUACGCUUCGCCGACAAUUAACACAUCAAAGCAGUUCGUCAGCCAAGACUUAUUUGCAGUGAGGAAUUUUCCGUCGUUUUUCUUAAGUCUGUUGGCGUGUGGUUCAGGUGAGAUUACUGGAGGGGCCGUUAUGGGGAAAUGUGAGCCCUGCUUAAGUGGUAAAUAUUGAUAUAGGGCCAACAUCAGCUUUCCCAUAGAUCUCAUCUUUCUUUCGCAUCAUCAUCAUUUUCUUGAUCAGCCUGUCUUUUCUUUUCGUGUACCACAUUCGCUUAUUAUUAUUCACAGUCACUCUUUUUUCCCUUUUUCUUCUUAUACCUUCAUUUUCAACUAUAAUCCUUGUCUUUUAAACACAGACAAAAUGUUGUUCUCAUCCGUCACUAUUCUCACCUGCUUGAUUGCAAGCCAGGCAGCAGCAGGUUCGUUUACUCCCCAAACUUCAGAAGAAGAAAAAUAUAGUUAUCUAACCUCCAACCCACAGCUCCAACGGGACUACCACCUCCUAAUUCGGUAAACGUAACAUCAGCGACCCAACCAGAAGCAGCAAAUAAACCAGUAGAGACGCAGCCAGAAUCAGCGGGUUCGUUACCCCCCAGCCUUCAGAAAAAGAAGAUAGUUAUCUAAUCUCCAACCCACAGUUCCGACACCACAACCACAACCAGAUUCAGUAAACGUAGCAGGAGAGACACAGCCAGAGUCAGAAGAUCUACCAGGAGAGCCACAGCCAGAGUCAGAAGAUCUACCAGCAGUGCCAGAAUCAGAGUCAAAAGAUCUACCAGCAGAGCCACUACCAGAUUCAGUAAACGUACCAGCAGAGCCACUACCAGAGUCAAAAGACCUACCAGCAGUGCCAGAAUCAGAGCCAAAAGAUCUAUCAGCAGUGCCACAAUCAGAUUUAAAAGGUCCCCUAGGAGAGCCACAACCAGAAUCAGCAGAUCAACCAGGAGAAUCACAAGAACCAAUCGAUCUAAUGGACCUACUACUCAACGGCCCACCACAUGGGGUCCCAGAAGGUCAACCACAAGAAGCAAAUGAACCAAUAGAUCUCAUGGAACUACUACAAAACGGCCCACCAUCUGAAAACCCAGCAAAUCUACAAGAAGACACACAAGAACCAGGAUCUCUAUUGGACCUCCUCCAUGAAGGCCCGCCAUCCGUAAUGCCAUUCGACCCAGCCGCAUCCUCGGGCUGCGGUAACGUCGUAACCAUCUGCAACACCAUGACUGGCGAAUGCAAAGAGACGAAGGAGUGCUCGGCUACUAUUCCUAUCAUGGGUGCUGAGGAUGGCGAGGCGGCCACACAUGGAACUGAUAAUGACCACACCAACGACCAUACCAAUGACCAUGAGCAUGAGCAUGACCACGACCAGUGAGUUUUGCUUUUCUUCUUCUGCUUCCCUGUUCUUCUCGCGGUACCUGUGGAUAUGAGGAUGUGAAGACGUAGGAAGAAUGGUGCUAAUGGGAUUCUAUAGUGACCACGACCACGACCAUGAUCACGAUCAUGACCAUGCUAUUAUUAUCUCCGGAAACAACAUUACGGUUAACAUGAACUACACCGUUGCUAAUCACGACCAUGGUAAAGCCGACUCAGAUGCAUUGAAGCUAUAGGAGGAAUUGGACCGAGAUCGGGGGAUAUUUUGAUGAAGAGUGUUCUUUUACAGCUGUACAAUCUUUAGUGUGAUUGGGCUCCUCUUGGGAUCUGGUGUUUGAGAAGGAUGGGAAUGUUUGGUGACAGUUUGGUGAUUGAAGUUUUAUGGAGUAGGAGUUUUUAUUAUACAAAAAUACUUAUUAGAGAAGCGACCUUACGAUAUUGAUUUUAAUAGAUGCAUCUUUAUUUCAAA